AUGGCCCAACGCAAGCCUCUUCCUGCGUUGCAGAGCAUAUAUGAAUCAAUAAAGGAUCUUCUCAGCGCGAUCAAACCAAAGCUUGAUAAAGUCAAGGGUGCGCAGAGCGCGGUGGUCAAGGAUCUCCAUCAGGUGGCUUCUUUGGCUCAGUCGUUUACGGAACGGCGCGCAAAGUCGAGCAAGCAACGGGUUGAGUGGGCAGACAACCUCGAUCAGGAAGGCGUGUAUCUGUGGAAUAUAUCUGGUCUCGUUCGCAAAAGUCCGGACGAGCAUGAUAUCGAUACCUUAGCGUUGGUGGCAGGUUUGAGAUUGGCUGGUUUCCGUCUGGUGGAGGCUGGAUUAGAACCGAACCCGGAAAUAGCAACACUGGUUCACGUUCUCCAGUUAGCAAGCAAGGCAGGAGCUUCAUUAUCAGAACAUGGAAGCAAAGAUGCAGCGGCCACGGUUCUAUCUAGUGCUGCGAAGUACGAAGACAUGCUCAAGGGCUCAGACGAUCCGACCGGCGCACAUCGGCAGAGUAAGGCCUGCGCGACUGUGGUGUUUCUGUCCACAAGAAUGGAAGCUGCAUGGAAAGAAGGGAAUCACAGCAUGGCCGAAUACAUGGCACAAAGGAUCACAGACGACGACGAGCAGCGGCUCACCCUACUACCUCCCCACCAGCGUGAACUUCUUGCUAUCAAACUUCAUAACAUCGGCAAGUCGAUGCUCAAGGGUGACUCUCGUCAGAAUGGUUCGGUGACAGAUGGAACCAAAGCUCAGGACGCCGUUAAAUGGUUGCAAAAGUCAUACACUAUCGUUGAACAGCUGGAAGGGCCGGAUACCCCCGGAAUUGCGGAGCUAAAGAUAGCUAUCCUCCGAAGCCUUGCUAGGGCAUAUUUCCUUUCAUCGGCAAGCAACCCCGAAAAUCUCUCGCGCGCAGAGGCCACUCUACAGGAGCUUAUACCCACAAUAGAUGCAUCCAAACAACACGCAAGUUCCGAGUAUCUAGAGUUACGGUGGCAGAGAUUGGCCAUUCUGAAGCGUCGCAAGGCCGGGGAUCCGGCCAUUAUUGAUGCAUUUCGGUCUAUUAUUGACAACAUGAGCUUUUCCGAAACUAGUGUCACAGAGUUCGUAUUCCGUCUUUUGGGCGAUGUGAUGCCAGAACACACCGUCUUCUUGCUCACGCCUAGCAGUGUUCUGCAGGAGCUAAGGACAUUGAAUCAUCGCCACGCACUUGCCACCACUGUCAAUCAAUAUUGUCUUGAACGAGCCGUAGAGUGCCAUAAAUCUGGAUCAAAUUAUGUUGAUCGCCUGCUUUUGUCGUUGAUUUUCCAUUGCUCCAAGGACGAUGAUCACGCAAGGGCGAUGAGCGACUUGGAAACAGCGUUCAAUCACCUUCACCAAGCCGAUCACGUUCUUCCAUCUGUUCCCACUACAGCCUGUCUCACACUCAUAUGGCAAUACGGAGAUCGCGACUACCGUGCUAAGAAAUGGACAAACGCAGCAGACUGGUACAUUGCCGGGAGCCACCAGGUGUUUCGAAGCACUAGACCCGAGAGUAGCUCAAAAUGUCUACGCAAGGCCGCCUUGUGUUACAUGGAACAACGCGAAUUCGCUAAAGCAACCUCAGUAAUCCGCCGUUGUCCCACCAAUGAAGCUACAACACACUAUAUUGUUCUCCUGAUUGCUGUCCAUCAAGCUAUCCGAGCUGUCCAAGAUAUGGUCAAGGCGCCGGAUUUCGACCGUAGGAUGCUUUUAUUGGCCACGCAACUAUCCCACGAUGUGGAUAUGAAGACGUUGCUCCUUUCUGUUCUCCAAUCACUUCUAAGAACCCUGAAGUUUGCGGACGGUGGUGAAACGGCGGUCGAAGCCAUGACACUCUUGCGAUGUAUCAUCAGGCUAAUAUUGAAGCUCUUGGUCGAACCCGGGAUCGUUCGAAGGGCUGUUCUGACUGACGCCUUGGUUGAGCAUUUCCAAACUGCGAAGACAUUGACGGAGGCCGCAUGCACACAGAAAGCCUUCUCCAUCAUCAAUAAGGAUGUCUCAUGGCUAUGGCGAACUGCGUACAACGCUGCUAUUCAGGCGUGCACCGAGUGGGAAGAUGCGAACGAGAAAAUUUCGGACCUUUUUGAGAUAGCCAGAGAUCUACUUCGGGUUUGUUGUGAAGAAUCGACCAUAGAUGUUGAUGGGGACCUUCAUCUCUAUCUUUUGAACGCUUCCUUCUCCGCCCUCUGUGGACGGGUGUUCGCGACGCGUGCAAAAGCUGCGUCAGAGGGUGCAGCCGAUGUGACUGCACACCAUCAGGACUUCCGCACCGUUGCCUCGGAUAUCAACAUAUGCAAAACCACAAUCAAUUCCGUCAUGAAUAAGAAAAAAAUAGUAGCAGUAGACGACGUCCGUCGGGUCAAGUAUUUUCUGCAUAUCCUACGAAUCUUCCAAAGCGAAAGCUUGGCUAAUCUGAAGGAGUGGGACGAAUUGCUUGAAGUUAUAGCCGAGAUCACCGAGUCGGAUGAACUCGCUGUUGAGACUUAUGAAGCUAUUGCAGAUAUUUUAUGGACCGAUAAGGAUUGCCCCGUGAAUGUUCUCUAUGCUGCGCUGGAGGCCAUCUUACACGCAAGUUUGAACCACGGUUCGCUGUCGGUGGAGAAGUUCGCGCGGUGGCUGCGUGCCAUCUGCACUAUUAUACUUUCAAGGAACACCAUCGCUGACCGAGCAAAGGCCAUCGGAUAUGUCGAACAAGCGGCAACUGUAAUGGAAGAACACCAAGCAGGCGAAGAUCCUUAUCCCAUGGACGAACGCCAGUGGUUGCUCAGCACAUCAUACAAUACUGGAAUCGAAUGCCUUCAGUUUGUGUCUAUGUCCAACAACCCAUUCUGA